AUGGCUACCAACGAGCCUGCCGAUCCCAUCCCCAAAGGUAUCUGGGCCACCACCAAGCAGGCCUGGAAUGACCUCUUCAUUUGGAAGCAGCGCGUGGAAGUUACCAACGAGUAUGGCGAGACACGCACCGAAUGGCAGGCCCCCGAGCCUCUGAAGAACCCCAUUAGCCUGUUCAUGCAGCUGAGCGCGCGCGAUUGGUUGUUCUUCGUCGUCGGUUUCACGGCCUGGACGGCCGACGCAUUUGAUUUCCAUGCACUGUCCAUCCAGACCGUCAAGCUGUCCAAGUACUAUGAUCGCUCCAAGACCGACAUCACCACGGCCAUUACUCUCACCCUGUUGCUUCGCAGUGUCGGUGCCGCGGCUUUCGGUCUGGCUGGUGACAGGUUCGGUCGCAAAUGGCCCAUGGUCGUCAACAUGAUCGUGCUGGGCGUGCUGCAGAUCGCCACGAUCUACAGCAAAACAUUCCAGCAGUUCCUGGCGGUGCGCAGUCUGUUCGGUCUGUUCAUGGGAGGUGUAUAUGGUAACGCUAUUGCCAUGGCUCUGGAGCAUUGCCCGGUUAACGCUCGCGGGUUGAUGUCGGGCAUCUUGCAGCAAGGAUACUCGCUGGGAUAUGUGAUUGCAGCCUGUGCGAAUCUCGGAGUGGGCGGCGGAACGGACACCUGGAAGACGGUCUUCUGGAUCGCAGCCGGCAUUUCCAUCGGCGUCGGUCUCAUUCGCAUUCUCUUCCCCGAAUCCAAACAAUUCAUAGAGGCCAAAAAGGCGGGCAAACAGUCGAAAGACGCCAAGGCAUUCUGGCAGGAAACGAAGCACAUGCUGGGCCAGGAAUGGAAGAUGUGCAUCUACUGCGUCAUCUUGAUGACCUGGUUCAACUACUACUCGCACACGUCGCAGGACUCGUACACGACCUUCAUGCUGACGCAGAAGGGGCUGGACAAUCCGCAAGCGUCGCGCGCCUCGAUCCUGAUGAAGACGGGCGCCUGCGUAGGCGGAACCAUCAUGGGCUACCUCUCGCAGUUCUUCGGUCGUCGGCGCACCAUCAUCGUCGCGGCCUUCCUGUCGGGAGUGCUGAUCCCCGCGUGGAUCCUGCCCAACACCGAGCGAUCGCUCAGCGCGACGGGCUUCUUCAUUCAGUUCUUCGUCCAGGGCGCAUGGGGUGUCAUUCCCAUCCACCUGAACGAGCUGUCUCCGCCGGCGUUCCGUUCUUCAUUCCCCGGUAUCACCUACCAAUUGGGCAACAUGAUCUCCUCGCCGUCAGCACAGAUCGUGAACGCCAUCGCUGAGAAGACAUUCGUGAAAGGCCCCGGAGGCGAGCCGGCUCCUGCUUACGGGCCCACCAUGGGCGUCGCGACUGCCAUCAUCGCCACCGGCAUCAUGGUCACCACGGCCUUUGGACCGGAGAAGCGCGGUCGACGAUUCGAAACAGCUGUGGCAGGCGUGGAAUCGAGCCCCGUUGUAGAGCAGAAGAUCAAGGACAUCGAGGCGGGAUACGAGAUGGAACACAAGACGACGGAAGAGCGCGUGGAGCGAGCCGACAAGAUCUAG